AUGUGUGUAGGGAACGAGCCGUCCAACUGGGGAACUAACUCUCAGCCAGCACGUACAGCCGACACAGUCAAAGCUUGUACGCCUGAAAUACCAGUCCUACGCGCGCAGACUACCCCAAAUCCAGGGUCCACAAUAACAUCCCCUCAAGGAUGUCCUGAACUCAAAUACUUCCAAGUGUAUCCAGUAUCAGUAAUCAAGUUUCAGAUCCGGGGAGCAAAAAGAUCCAAUCCUAACCAAAGGCAGCUAGAACAAGGAAAAAGAGGAAGAACCUUCACCAGUUUCACCGGAAAUGGGCGGCUGAAGCAGCGGCGCAACGCCGGGAUUGAUCCAGUUCGAACCAGUCGAUACCGUAGACGAAUCUCGAGAUUUCCGGCGGGGAAAUCGAGUGGUUCAGGUCCGGGACUUCACUACGAGUCGAACGGGACUGGUCUCGAGAGCUGGGGUGGCCGGAUGUGGUGGCGGCGUGGAUUUUUCUGUUCGGGUGAACAGUAA